GUUUUUUCCAAUUACCAAACCCCCUCUCUUCCUCCGUGCUUUGCAUGCACACGAUUUCCUUGCUCCCAACACCAUAUCCGCCGCCGAUUCAACUCUCCGGUCGCCUGAAGCUCACGCUUCCUCGAUCCGCGCCCUAUUCUUCUCUUCGAUUCGAUUACCGCUGAUUUCCCUCUCACUGCCGACGCCACAAGCUCGAACUCCGAGUCCGAAGAUGCAGAAAUCAAAAUCGACAUUCCAUCUCUUCAAUGGUCUCUGAGUCGAUUGAGCUACUUCUUCAGUUGUUGAUUGAAUAGGAAUUGAGCUUGUAGCAUGGCGUCCAAGAUUUGCAUGAAUGUACUGUGCGGGUCGUCAACGUCGACUGAGUGGAGAAGAGGAUGGACUCUACGAUCUGGAGAUUUCGCUAAUCUCUGCGAUAAGUGCGGAUCUGCAUAUGAACAAUCGAUAUUUUGUGAUGUGUUUCACUCGAAUGAUUCUGGUUGGAGAGAAUGUACAGUAUGUGGCAAGCGUCUACAUUGUGGAUGUAUUGCUUCCAGGUUUCUGCUUGAGCAUCUUGAUAGUGGAGGUGUAAACUGCAUAAGCUGUGCAAACAAGUCAAGACUUAGUGCUAUGAAUGAAGAUGAAAAAUGUAAUGGGUAUGGUACCUUGAAGGCUGAUAAUGUGGGUGGUGAAUUGCAAUCUACACCAGUAGACAACCAUUUGAGUUGUGGAAACUUUGAAAAGAUGAAGCUUAUGCCGCUGAGUAACAAUUCAGAAAGCAUUGGGCUGAGACACUUGCUUCAGUUUCAAACCAUUGACCCAAGCACUUCUUUAGGGCACAUGAAACAGGAAAAAGUGUUGCCACCUGAUUUUAAUCAAAUGUCUAAUGGAUCAGCUUAUCCUGCAAAACCUGAUUUUUCUAAAGCAACUGGCUAUGAAUCUAUGGCACAGACAAACUUGAGUAUUUCCUUGGGCAGUCCUUUGGGAAACCAAAAUAGCUUUCCUGGUUCUGUUGAAGGUAAGGUGUCUUCAAUCUUGCAACAAGCACCUAAGUAUCGUCAUCUUCACCCCAAGCCUCCAAAGGCUGUCCUUGCAACAGGUUUGGAGGUAAAUACAGGCAUGGUAUCUCAGAUACGUGUUGCUAGGCCCCCUGCAGAAGGACGUGGGCGGAAUCAGUUGCUUCCUCGUUAUUGGCCAAGGAUUACAGACCAAGAAUUACAACAAAUUUCUGGAGAUUCAAAUUGCACUGUUGUUCCAUUGUUUGAAAAAGUUCUAAGUGCUAGUGAUGCUGGUCGCAUUGGUCGUUUGGUUCUACCAAAAGCAUGUGCUGAAGCAUAUUUCCCUUCAAUAUCUCAACCAGAGGGCCGUCCUAUAAAGAUUCAAGAUAUAAAUGGAAAUGAAUGGGUGUUUCAGUUCAGAUUUUGGCCUAACAAUAACAGCAGGAUGUAUGUUUUAGAAGGUGUAACUCCUUGUAUACAGUCUAUGCAGUUGCAAGCUGGAGACACUGUAACAUUUAGCCGCAUGGAUCCGGAAGGAAAGCUCAUUAUGGGGUUUCGUAAAGCAACUAACUGUGUCACAACAUUGCAGGAAACUCAACCAUCUGCCAUUUCUAAUGGCAAUCUUUCAAGUGAAAGUUUCUUUUCGGGUGUUUUUGAGAACUUGCCCAUAAUAAGUGGUUACUCUGGCCUUCUUCAGUCACUGAAGGGAAGUACCGAUGCCCACCUAAAUGCAAUAUCCAAACAUUUGAAUCCAGCAAGUGAUGCAAGCUGGCAGAAAUCUGAGAAGCAUGAGGAUAGGACAAGGGAGGGCUUGUUGCCACAAUCAAUGAUGGCUCCUGAGAGGAAAAGAGCUCGAAACAUUGGAUCCAAGAGUAAGCGACUACAUUUUGAUAGCCUAGAUGCUUUGGAGCUAAAACUUACUUGGGAAGAGGCUCAGGAUUUGCUCCACCCACCACCAGCUGUCAAACCAAGCAUUGUUACAAUUGAGGAUCAUGAUUUUGAAGAAUAUGAAGAACCUCCAGUUCUGGGGAAGAGGGGCAUCUUUGUGGCUCAAGCAACUGGGGUACAAGAGCAAUGGGCUCAGUGUGAUAGUUGCUCUAAAUGGCGAAGGUUGCCAGUUGAUGCUCGUCUUCCACCUAAGUGGACAUGCACAGAAAAUACGUGGGAUCAAAGCAGGUCUUCAUGUUCUGCACCAGAUGAACGGAACCCAAGGGAUCUAGAAAAUCUUCUCAGACAAUAUAAAGAUAUCAAGGGAAGGAAAGUUGCAGCAUUCGGUAAGCAAAUCCAGGAGCAGGACUCUUCUGGCCUCGAUGCUUUGGCCAAUGCUGCAGUGCUCGGGGAUAAUGGGGAUAACCCAAGUACUACUGUGGUGGCAACUACAACCAGGCACCCAAGGCAUCGCCCUGGUUGCUCAUGCAUUGUGUGCAUCCAGCCACCCAGUGGAAAGGGAAAGCACAAGCCUACAUGCACGUGCACUGUUUGCAUGACAGUUAAACGCCGUUUUAAAACCCUGAUGAUGCGAAAGAAGAAGCGCCAAUCAGAGCAUGAAGCAGAAAUUGCUCAGAAGAAUAAGCAAUCGUUUGUUCCCAAAGAAGAGGCAGAAGUAGACAGCAGCCCAAAGCGUGCAUUGUCCCACCAUGAUCCAUCUGAGAAUGAAGGGAGGUCAGGUAAUGAGCGAGAAUCUAUAAGCCAAAACAACAACCUACCCAACAGAUUGGCUGAAACCGGCAAAGGUCACAUAGACUUAAAUUGUGAUCCUGCUCGUGAAGAAGACUCCCAAGUAGGAUCAACCCGUGUGAGCAUGAUGAGUCUUCUUCGAGUAGCCACCCUUCCUCUGGAGACAUAUAUGAAGGAGAAUGGUCUCACAAGCUUGGUGUCGGACCAGCAAGCUACUUCAGCAUCCCAUGCCCAACCACAAGCAACCGAGGAGAAAGACGAACAGGAGGAUCAGUGCCUCCCUUCUGCAGCUGAAGAGCAUGAGAAUACAGAUGAAGGAAACUGCGAAGCUGGAACAGAUCAAAUCGAGAAUGAUCCUUCGUGAGCUUCAUGGUCUUAAUUUUUCUGCUCUUUCCUUAAUCCGGAGUUCCUUUUUUUUGUAUAAAUGAUCAGGGUAUAUGUGUUUUAUAUUAUUGGUUUUGCAUAUUUAGUUGACAUAUAUAUGAAAAGUAGAUAUAAGUAUGUAUUGUAAAAAAAUUAAGCAAAAAAAUACAU